UGUUCAAAUUGUGCAGCGGAUCGUAGGCUAGGCUGGAAUGGGACCGAUGAAAACAAACCUAGAAAAUUGGAAUUACGGUUAUAUGCGUUUUUAGUAGUCUGAUCGUCGAAUAAACCUCAUAAUGGAUUAUGCAAAUUUGAAAGUUGGGAUGAACGUUGAUAUUCAACGAAGUGAUGGGCGUGUUCACUCGGCUUGUAUAAGUGGCUUGAAUACCAGUACGCAGAGUGUCACUGUUGAGUGGUUUGAAAAAGGAGAAACCAAAGGAAAAGAGAUUGAAGUCGACCAAAUUUUUGCCUUGAACCCUGAACUCAGUGUGCCUGAACCAAUUGCGCCUGCCCCAGCUCCACAGACAAAGCGCCCAAUUUCGUCUGCCAAAAGUGGUCGCAUCAGCAAUGCACGCCAGUCUGCAAUACCAAAUAACACCCCGGCGCCACGACAUGAGGAAAAUCGAAAUGAUAUUGAAAAUGUACCUUCAGCUCGACUGAAUGUGGUUCGUUCAACCAAUCAGAAUGGCAAUGCAAAUCCGUCUCCUGCUGGUCCUGUUCAAAACCUCCAAAAACAAUCAAUACCUGCAGCACGAAGACGAUCAAACGUCGUGAAGGAAGUUGAUAGAAUAAAGAAGCAAAGAGAGGAGAGAAGAGCGAAACAGGUGGAGCAGAAGCAACAACGCUUCAAAGAUGCCGAGCUUGCCAAUCAUCCAAACUGGGAGUUUAUACGUAUGAUUCGCGAUUGUCAGGCAGAGCUAGACUUUCAACCACUCAGUAAUAAUGAUCGGGUGGAAGACCAUCAGAUUACAGUCUGUGUGCGGAAACGACCGAUGAACAAGAAAGAGAUGAAUAAGAAAGAUAUAGAUGUAAUAACUAUACCACACAAAGAUGAAGUAUUAGUACAUGAACCAAAACUCAAAGUUGAUUUGACCAAAUAUUUAGAAAACCAACAUUUCCGAUUUGACUUUGCACUCGACGAGAAUUCUACAAAUGAGAUGGUUUAUAGAUUUACAGCCAAGCGAUUGGUUGAAUGUAUAUUCAACAAGGGCAUGGCAACAUGCUUUGCUUAUGGCCAAACAGGAAGUGGAAAGACUCAUACAAUGGGAGGUGAUUUUGACGGCAAGAAGCAAGAUGUUACAAAGGGAAUUUAUGCCCUCUCUGCCCAUGAUGUUUUCAAGCUGUUACAGAAACCCGAAAACAGGAAAAAAGAUCUUGUGGUCGGAUGUAGUUUCUUUGAAAUUUACAGUGGAAAGGUGUUCGAUCUUCUAAAUAAAAAAUCUAAACUUCGAGUUCUUGAAGACGGUAAACAGAUUGUGCAAGUGGUAGGCCUUAAGGAAGAACCAGUCAAUAAUGUGGACAGUGUACUCAAGUUGAUUGGUCAUGGCAACAAUGUUAGAACAUCUGGGACGACGUCAGCCAAUCAGCAUUCUUCUAGGUCGCAUGCCGUCUUCCAGAUUAUCCUGCGGCAACGUAAGAAUAAUCGAUUACACGGAAAGUUCUCUCUUAUUGAUCUUGCAGGAAACGAAAGAGGCAAAGAUACGCAAAGCUCCAAUCGUCAGACACGUAUGGAAGGCGCAGAAAUUAACAAGAGUCUGCUAGCGCUGAAGGAGUGUAUACGAUCGUUGAGUAAUAAAGGCGUCCAUGUACCGUUUCGUGCCAGUAAGCUCACGCAGGUCCUGCGAGACUCUUUCAUCGCAGACAAUGCCAAAACCUGUAUGAUUGCAACUAUAUCACCUGGUAUGAGUUCUUGUGAACAUACCCUCAACACACUACGAUAUGCAGACAGGGUGAAAGAGCUAGGCCCAGGCCGAGCAGACAACGGAGAACCAAACCUUCCACCUUUACCAAGCCCAGAGAAGAGCCUCUCUCCAAGCAAUAGUGAUCUGGCCAUGCUCUGUACUCAUAAUGAGGAAGAGGUGUCAGCAGAGAUGUACACAUUCCAUGAAGCCAUGAACCAGCUGCAUGAGAUUGAGGAGCAGGUCAUUGACACCCACAGAACAUGUGUUGAGGAAAGUAAACAGAUACUGGCAGAAGAAGAGAGAUUACUGGAGAUGACCGAUGAAGUGGAUUACGAUGUGGAAGACUAUUGCACCCACCUGGAUGAACUUUUGUCUCGCAAGAUUGACCUUUUAAGCAUGCUCCGAGAGAAGGUCAAUAAUUUCCAAAGAAAUCUACAAGAGGAAGAAAAUGCAAGUAAAAACAUUAAGCGCCAUCCAGCCCCAUAAACUGCACCAGCCUACUGCCAACCAACUAGAAGAUUUCAACCAAUCAUAUGUGCCGCUUACUGUACCAAGUUUACAACCUGCAUGUUCAUAUAGUUGUGUGUGGGUCUAAUCACAUACGUGGUGUACUUUUAAUUGUGUGCAGCUAAGGACAUUCUUAGCAAACCAUACUAUAGAUUCAGUGUAUUUCAUCUUUGACGUACUUAGCAUACCACAGAUCGUUUGCAACUAAGGAUGUACUUGGCAGCAAACCAAUAGAUUCAGUGUAUUGCAUCUAUGAUGUACUUAGCAUACCACACCUUUUGGCAUACUUGGUGGCUCAUAGAUUGUGUGUUUUUUGCACACUUGGCGUACCAUAGGUUGCGGAAAUGGAUGUUAUGACAUGUUCCACCUUGAGUGUGCUUGCUGAAAUUCCUAAUAAUAACCAAUUAUUAAUAUGUAUAUUUUGAAUGUUCGCCUUGUAAAUGAAUAGGAAGUUUAUUAUGUCCUCUAUGAAAUUAUAUGCAUGGGAGGGCAAAACUGCCAAAUUUACAUCCCUUACAUGGAUCUAUAUAAUUAUUUUGAAUAACCAUUGUGGGGGAUUUGCUAGAUUUGAGCAAUUAUUGUCAAGAAUAUUUGCAUUUGGCUAUUUCUUUUCAAUUACUGGCAUAAGCAUUAUCUGAUGAAGUUAGUAUAUAGUAUCAGUCAAAUUUAUAAGUAGUUUCCCCUCCCCACAAUUUAGUAUGCUAAUUGUUUUCUAUACCUGAGUUACUUUAAGCAAUGAUUAAAAGGAUGCAAGAUUGCGUCUCAUCUUUAAGUUUAUCCAAAGAAAUGCGACAAAAUUUUGAAAUAGUCUGAAUGAUAAUUAAUAAUAAUUAAAGUGCUUUGUUAAUUAGAUUGGCUUCAACCAAUAAUAAAUGUUUUUUUUUUCUUUUUUUCUGAUGGUUGAAUGACAGUGUGGAGUGAUAUAUUAUUGCUUCUUGUUGAUAGGGACAGUGUAAAUAGAUUUGUUGAGAAAUGUCCAAUUUCAAAGAAAUUAAGAGUGAGCAUAGUAAAAGGAUGUUGAUUAACGUUCCUAAAUGAAUGUUUACAUUUAAUAAUAAAAAAAAUGAUUGCAGAAAUUUACUUGUAUUGCCUUACAGUUCCUGUACCUGUGCAGAAAUGUAAAGCGAGGCGCACACACAAUUGGCCAACCUGAUUCCAUGGACGCAAUGCGAAGAGGUUCACCCAACGGAUUGUGUUAAUGACAAUCCGGUCAGUCUGCCAUCGACAGCAUUGUCAGCAGACAGCGUUGUGUCGUCAAGUAAUCAACGAAAGCAGAGAUAGAUUAGUUGGCGACUGUCCUACGACCGAUGUAUGAUGCAAUGUGUGCCUGGCUUUAAUAAAUUUUAAUCUCCCAGUUGAUAGCAAUUUCUCUCUAUUACUUUCCUAUACAUAUAUUUUACUUUCCUCUUAAUAUUCAACUGUUCCUGUACUUGCGGUCAGUCUGUACCAAUAGAAAUGGUCAGGCUGUGCCUAUAGAGUCUAUACCAUACUAGCAGUCAGUGUGUACCUACAAUACUUGAAAGUCUGUCCUAUAGAAGUGGUCAGGCUGCAUCCAUACCAAUGGCCACUAUGUAUACAUAUUAGUGAUCAGUAUGUACCUGCAGUAGUUGUCAGCCUUUGUCCGUAGGCAGUAGUCAGUGUUAUACUUUAGUUUUCACUCAUCCAGCUUUAAGCAAAUCUAGUUUGAACUCGAAAGAAAAUUGUGUAUUAACAUUGUCAAUAGGGUAGAGUUUACCAAAGAUUCUUGCAAUUUCUGUUUUAAAACCUCCAUUUUUUACACACACUUUUCUAUAUGAAUGCAUUAUAUUAAAAUUAUCCUAUGUCUUGGUUGUCAUGGACAUGUUUUCAUAAUUCUGUGGUUGAGUUUUGUUGCUAGGCAGUAGAUGGCAUCAAGAGAAGAUUCCUUAUGUAUCUUGUCUUGAUUUGUUACAGCCAGAAAUGUCGCUAAUAUCUACAUUUUAUAAAUUGUGUUUAUUUCCUUUACAACAUCAGGGGUGAGAAUAUUUGUAUGCUUAGAAAUGCCCAUAUUUUUUACAAAUUUAGGUACUGAUGAAUAUUCAUAUAAAAGUAUUAAAUAUGUGCGGUUUCUGAUUGACUGACACAUAUUUUAUAAUUGGCGCUUAAAACAAUUGUAUUUUUUUCAUUUACUAUUUUGUGUUAUUAUAUAUUCAUGGAAUUUAUAAAUCAGGAAUAUAUUUAAUCUCUUUAUUUAAGUUUUCUUUCGCAUCCAUAUAUAUAAAUAUUUAUUAUCAUUUAUAAAUAUGCAUUGAUUUGUGGUCAUGGCUUCUGCAUGAAAUGUGAGUGGCCUAGUAUGACCUACUUUAAGCCAAUUGUUAUUCAACUUCAAAAGGCAUUAUUCUUUAAUGAUUUUUCUUUUGAUGCAAUUUAUUCUAUACAAAUAUACAAACAUGAAUACCUUUUUUCUGUUUGAUCCAGGCAGUGUCUGUGGACUAUGGUGUAGUACCACACAUAUACUGCAAACCCAGCUUUGGGUAAACAAUAAUUUUGUACCAAUUAUUUUAUAGAUGAAAUCUAUUAUUAUCAUUUCUUUCUCUUGUACAUCCUUAGCGCUUGUUGUGAAGAUGUAAACUGGUGAUUAUUUUUUGUAUAUAAGUAUUGACAGGCUAGCAUGGAGUUUUUCAUAAGGCAUCUAUGCAUUGCCUGCUUUACAGAAAUGCAGCAUCCAUGCUCUUUUAUGCUUAUUUAUUCAGGCUAGGGAAAAUAAGAAAGCAUUCCAAAGAUACAUCUGACCUCUGACCCAACGGCUAAUCCCAUAUCACAAGCAAUCACAAGGUUCUGCUUGUUACAUUCAAACUAGAAUUUUAGGAUGACCAACAUAAAGAAUUGAUAAUUCCAUUAAUGGUAAUAAUAGUUGGGGAUUUGUAUAUUGCAUAAUAUGCAUGGUCUCUAUUAUUACUGAAGAUAUUGGAAUAGACAUUGCUAUAUUUUAAGAAAAAUGUAAGAAAUCUGUUACUUUGUAGUUAACAUUCCCUUUAGUAAUGAAUGAAAAAAUGUGAAUAAUUUUGUUGCUCUUGUUUGCAGUUCCUCACCUUCUGUCAUGCUCUGUCCUAAUUAACAAAUUUUCUUUGACAAAAAAAAAACUGUUGUAUGCCCAUAAUUAGUCAUGAUGUGCCUAUAUAUGGUCAUGAUGUGAUGUCAUCAUUACCAUAUUUAGGCAUAUCACAUGCUUUUGUCAAAUAAAAUGGGAUUGUCUGGACAUUGCUUCAUUAUUUUGCACAACUCUCGGCUGUGUUUCCAAUAAAUGUUUAACAAUAUAUUGGAUUUUGAUGAAAUACCAACUAUGUGCACCAAAGCCAAAGCUUUUAUGGUAUUUCAUUAGUUUAUAAUAUAAUGAACAGUUUCUUUUUUUGCUAGGACCCAGAUGUUUAUUUGCUUACUGCUUGUCCUAUGACUAACGUCUUGUAUAAACAUUUACUGGUCACAUGGUGGUGUUGUCAUGGUGAUAUGAAUUGAUUGCUUCUACAAUACAGAAGUGUUACUAUUGGAAUUUAUUGUCACAUGACUUGUACAGUAUAUUGUAUUCAUUGACUGACAUCAUAUGAUGAAAGAAAAUAAAUCUCCUUCAUGUUGCUGCUCUUCAAA